CUCGCCAUUUAAGGUGCUUCCAGUGAUCCAGUCCAGUGUGUACCUGGACGUUUUCAGUGAUCCAGUCUACAGAGCCGCGCUCGCUUCGCCCUCGGUUCCUUCUCGCGUCGCACACGGGGGUCGCCUGAGGUAUCAAUCACCCAAAGCCCCAAUUUUUUAGGGUUCUAAGCACUGCUCCACUUUUUUCUCUUCGCGUGUAGGUGUGUUCCCCUAUCUGCGAUCACAUAAACAAUGGUGAAGGCUGUUGCUGUCCUCGUUGGCAGUGAUGUCAAGGGCACCAUCUUCUUUUCCCAAGAGGGGGAUGGUCCGACCACUGUGACGGGAAGUAUAUCUGGACUCAAGCCGGGGCUCCAUGGGUUCCAUGUGCACGCGCUUGGUGACACCACUAAUGGCUGCAUGUCCACUGGCCCACACUUCAAUCCUGUUGGUAAGGAGCAUGGGGCACCAGAAGACGAGAACCGCCAUGCCGGUGAUCUUGGAAAUGCAACCGCUGGAGAAGAUGGUGUUGCUAAUAUCAAUGUCGUGGACAGCCAGAUCCCCCUCACUGGACCACACUCAAUCAUUGGCCGAGCUGUUGUUGUCCAUGCUGAUCCUGAUGACCUUGGCAAGGGUGGACAUGAGCUUAGCAAGAGCACUGGUAACGCUGGUGGCCGUGUUGCUUGUGGGAUCAUUGGGCUCCAGGGUUAGAUGAUGUCUCCAUUGGCCAACAUCAUACAGAUCCAAGCACUCCCGGGCUUUCAGCUCCUGUUCCCUUACCUUGGAUACUAAAUUGGCUCCUAUAAAUAAGCACCUGGUCAAUGAUCAGUGUACUAUUCUCGUAAUUUCUUUUAUGCUUCCCUGAACAUUGCAGAUCUGUCA